CCGACGCUUGUGUGAAGUACUGAGAGACGCGAAAUAAGUCACUUCGCCUGAGACGUUCAGUAGAGGAUCAUCCACGGUCGACACGAUGCUGGCGUGUGUGCGACGGCGACCUGUCAUCGCUCCCCGUAUUGCGAGGACGUUGCAUGUCUCAGCAACGAGGAUGCAAAGGCAACCAUUCGACCCUUCUGCCGUAGAACGGAUCUCAGAAGAUGUAGAUGUCUGCAUAGUCGGGGGUGGCCCAGCUGGGCUCAGCGCUGCCAUUCGCCUCAAACAGCUCGAGCAGGAACGCGGAAAAGAAUUCAGAGUCGUUGUGUUGGAGAAGGGUGCAGAAGUUGGCUCUCAUAUAUUGUCUGGGGCUGUCAUCGAGCCCCGCGCUCUCAACGAGCUCCUCCCAGAUUGGUCUUCCCGACCAGACCACCCGCUCAAGCAGCCCGCAACUUCGUCUACCAUGAAAUUCCUAACCAGUUCGCUUGCCAUCCCAAUCCCUCACCCCCCACAGAUGAAUAAUGACGGUAAUUACAUUGCCUCACUCUCGCAGUUUACCUCCUGGCUCGGGACUAUCGCAGAGGAGAUGGGUGUAGAGGUCUAUCCCGGUUUCGCCGGGGCAGGUAUCGUAUACAGCGAUGACAGAAAAGGGGUCCUUGGUGUUCGUACUAACGAAGUCGGUCUCGACAAGAACUUCCACAUGAAGGAAGCGUUCGAACCAGGCAUGGAAUUCCGUGCCAAGGUCACGCUCAUUGCCGAAGGUGCACACGGGUCUCUCUCGAAGGAGCUGAUCAAUAAAUUUGACCUACGACGCGACGCUGACCCUCAAACUUACGCCAUCGGCCUCAAGGAGGUCUGGCGCGUUGAUCCUAGUCAAUACCGGCCUGGAGAAGUUGUGCAUACCAUGGGAUGGCCACUCGAUUGGAAGACAUACGGUGGGGGUUGGGUGUACCAUAUGGCAGACGGCCUUGUUAGCAUUGGGCUCGUAAUUGGUUUGGAUUAUGCAAACCCGUGGUUAAGCCCGCACAAUGAAUUGCAGCGCAUGAAGCAUCACCCUUAUCUCUCCAGCCUUCUCUCCGGUUCAUCGACUCGUAUCGCUUACGGCGCCCGUGCUCUAAAUGAGGGUGGUCAACAGGCCGUACCUCGUGUUCACUUCCCUGGCGGUGCAUUGAUAGGCUGUUCUGCUGGGUUCGUAAACAUUGCGAAGAUCAAGGGUACACACAACGCGAUGAAGAGUGGGAUGCUGGCUGCGGAAGCCGCAGCGGAUGUACUUUGUGAAACUACCGAAGAAAGCACGGCAUCCGAACCGGAAUCGUCGCGUCUGAGUGAUAUGAGCGCAUACGAGACAAGUCUCAAAGACAGUUGGGUUUGGUCUGACCUUCACGAAGUUCGCAAUCUUCGCGCAAGUUUCAACACACCUCUUGGCAUCUGGGGGGGCAUAGUUUACUCUGGGAUCGACUCCCUCUUUUUGAAGGGACGAACACCUUGGACAUUCAGGAAUGUGUCACGCACGUCCGAUGCUGCGCAUACAUUGCCCGCCUCACGCUGUAAACGAAUAAUAUACCCACCGCCACAGCCGCCUCUCAGUACAGAUUUGCUCACGAGUCUCACGUUAACGGGUACAAACCACGCUGAGGACCAGCCUAUACACCUGCGUGUGCGUGCAGACGGGGUGGAGGAUGCAGCAGUGCGGAGGGAACACGUGAAGCGGAACGUUGGGGAGUAUGCAGGACUUCUUGGACGCGCUUGUCCUGCAGGGGUUUAUGAGUAUGUUGAUGACGAACAUACAUCUUCCGUAGAAGAGGGUAAGUCGGAGGGCUGGGGAGGGAAAAAGCUGGUCAUCAACUCACAGAAUUGCAUCCACUGCAAGCUCUGUGAUAUCAAGGUGCCCACCCAGGAUAUCACUUGGACAGUUCCGGAAGGAGGAGGAGGGCCCAAGUACACUGUCACUUAGGGCCGCCUUCGACGGAGUCCAGCGAUGCAUCUUACAAGUACCGUACCAUCCUGUCUGAGCUCAGCCGCUCGUAGGGGGCGAAAACUACAUUUAUUCAUGCGCAGAUAUCCUCAACGUGAUGCCCUUAGACUGCGCUAACAAGGUAUACAUUGCUUUAAAACGCCAUUACCGUCAAAAGGAAACGCACACCAAGUGGCCACCUCGCUCAGCAAACAACACAAUCCUCCUUAAAGCUCAAGUUAUACAUCGUCUUGUCUACAGUCUUUUCAAUCUUCUUCCAGUCUGAACGCCGUUGGAUGAAUUCAUAAACAUCCUAAAAAAGGUAUCAGGACUUCGACCAGAGCCGGCAAGGGAGCGGCCGGAGAAUACCCACCUCGGGUCGGUAUGCACCUCCGUAACGUGUUACAUCACGUACAAUCUGGGCCAGGUCUUUCGCGUCUGCCACGAUGAACACGUGCCCU